GUAUUACUGUAGCUAUAUGCUGACAUGCUGGACAUGGAGUGUGCGGAGGCUUUCCCAUCCCGCAAGAUCUUGAAGCCGGUGGUGGAAAAGCAGAGACGAGAUCGUAUAAACCGGAGCCUGGACGAAAUGAGGGUCCUGCUUCUGAGGCUGACCGGAAAUCAGAAGCUCCGCAACCCUAAAAUGGAGAAGGCAGAGAUCUUGGAGCUAGCCGUGAUUUACAUCUGGAACGUGACCCGUGAGAAGACGCACGAUCCGCACAGAUGGGUGUCUCCGGCGGAAAAGUUCUACCUUUCCGGCUUUAGAGACUGCUUAGACCGCACCGAGGAUUUCAUACAAGACAUCAGUCCAGCCACCAAGGCCCGCUUCCUGGACGACCUGCAGAGCCACCUCCAGCACAGGUUGCGUUUUCCGAAGCAGCUGAACCUUUGUGGCCAAGCUGCCAGGCAAGAGGAAGACUUGUCUUCAGAAGGACAUGUCUCCCCUAACUCCAGCGUUGACAUAAACACAUACUCGCCUACCAGCAGUGGCCCACCAAGCUGGUUAUCUUCUAGCCCUAGAAAUACUGGAGCUCAUCCUGUGGAGCAUAACAUUGCUCCUUCAUCUGUGUGGAGGCCAUGGCCGUAGGGUUGGAGAAAGAAUGGCUGUUCUGCUCUAUAAGAACCUAAGCUUUAAUGAUGGACGUUGUAAGUGGACUAUCUAUGACAGAGCAGCUUCAGGGCUAAUAACUGGCCAGAUUUUUGGAUAUCCUUGGUUGAGCAGCAGCGUCCCCAUUUGGACAUCUGCUUUUAUAGUUUUAAGUCAUCCAAAAAUUUGUCCCGUCAUUACAAAUCUUUGAUUUGCGUGUCUUGUUCCGUGCGGUGGUCGUAAUAGUUUCGUGCUAGAGUAGUAUAAAAAGCAGUCAACGUAUGGUUUAUUCACACAUAUAUAAUUAUUAACAAUAUAUAAUUCAUAGUUGCCUGCUCUCACAGAAUGUACGGGAGACUCCUGGAUUAGGGUGACACCUCCUGCCCUUCAGACAAUUCUAUUGGAAGGGAGCGUACCAGUCUGCAUGGUGGGCAGGGGCGUGGCUUGAUGACCCAGAUCUCCGCACCGUAACCUGCCACGCCUACUUAAUGAGGCCCCACCCACAUGAUGACGCAAUCUGCAUAGACCAGUCACGCUCACCUCUAUUCAUACCUUCCAGAAAUAGGCCAUGAAGAGUAGCCAAACCUUUUUAAUAUUUUAUAAUGGCCAUUUUUACAUGCACAUGAUCCAACUGCAGUUCAAUUAAAAAAAGCCCUGUUUUUUUAAUGUUUUAUAGUAUACAAACCACUCUAUUCUAAUGGAUGCAGCCAUUUUAUGGCUUGAACCAAUACUGUGCAUGAGGCACUCUUUGCCAAAUGCCUCAGUGAUGUCCUGAGUGAAUUGAUAAAGUGAAUAAUGGAUAGGCCUUGACGGGUUCCUUUUAUAUGGCUGUCCUGGAAAUCUCAUGAUUAUCUUUUAUUUAUAAAGCGCUGACGUAUUACUUAGCGCUGUACGUUGACGGGGCCGGGAUGCAAACCAAUAACAUGUAAUGAUGUGAAACAGAAGGUAGAGGUGGCCAAAGCCAAAAGAGCUUACACUCUCCAGUGAUAUUACUCUGUUACAAGUUCAACCUAAAGUCCUCCUACUAUAAGAUCUGUUUGAAAAGAUAAGAACACACGUCCUGUUUAUAUACAGUAUCUGUAUAAAAUUCUUUAUGUUGUGCAUAUAUAUUUACUAUAAACUCUCUUUCUUUUUCUUUCUCUUUUUUUUAUUUUUUUUUAUUUUUUUUAAGGCCUGUUCACACCUAUCUGCUGUUCGGGAUCCGGUCUUUAGUUCAACACUCAUUAGGUCGACCACUAUUGGUCGACAUGUUCUAUAGAUUGACAUGGUCACUAGGUCGACAUGAGGUUUUUUCCUGUUUUAAAAUUUUGUGAACAGCAUUUUUUUAAAAAAAAGACCCUCAUGUCGACCUUUGUUUAUGUCAGCCUAAUGACCGUGUCAACCCAUAUCAGGUGUUGACCUAUUUCAUGUGCUUUUCAGAUGCUAGUUUGUGGCUGAAAACUAUGUUAAAAUAGGAUAAAUGGUUUAUUGCAUUCUAAAAUGAACGCUGUAUUUACAAUUUUAUGACCAGCCCUAUAUCAUGUGCGUCAAUGCGCACUGCCAGUACAGUAUACAGUAAACCAACGCGUUUCUCUGCAUACAUGUGUGUGUACCAUGGACGUGCGGUGAGCUAAAUGGCUCAGGAGGCACUGGCUAACCCCAGAGCCAGAUUUCCAUGCAAUAUAUAAGCCAAAGGGUACAUCUGGGCAUUAUACACAGGUGCAGCAGUAUAAUCUCCUGGGAAUUUGGUGAGUUUUGAUCAGAGAUGUGCGGAAAAGAUAAGCAGGUGAGACACUGCCUCACCUGCCAUAGACUUUUUACUCCAGAGUUUGGGCUAUAAAAAUUAUUAGAAUAAUGCAAAGAAGAUAUUUCAAACAAAUAAUUAGUAUUUUUUAUAUACUUUAUUCAAUCAAAACUCUGAUUUAAACAUACGUAUGAUAGGAAAGGCUGUGCACAGGCCCUAAUUAUCUUCUCCCUCUUUUCUUUUUUUUCUUUUUUCUUUUUUUAUAUAUUUCUCCUCUUUAUGUAAAAACUAUUUUGCUGUUAUACAGCAAUUCUGAGUGUUUUGUUCUUGAAUAAAUAUUUGAAAACGUUUCACCAGUCUCUGAUUAUGCAAUUUGUCACUUUAAUGUUGAAGUUUGGCAAUUUAAACAGUUUUUUUUUAGCUUCAGAUGCCUUUAGAUUAUAGUCUAGUAUAUGUGGCUUACUUCUGUGCAUUCAGAUAUGUGUUUAUAUAACCUGUUC